CAACCACGUGGUGAACACUUAUGUAACUUAUUCCACGUAUUUCUCCUCGUUGACAUGUUACUACUUUCUACCACCCGCCUACUCGGAAGAGGAAAAACGUUACUCCGUGAUCCGGUUAGAAGGAUUUCCGUCAACAUGUCCUCCGGUAAGAGGCUCCGGGUUCUGGUGGACAUGGACGGGGUUCUGGCCGACUUUGAAGGCGGGUUUCUGAAGAAAUACCGGGCCAAAUACCCGGAGGAUCCUUUCAUCAGCCUGCAGGACAGGAGAGGCUUCUGGGUGUCCACACAGUACGGCCAGCUGCGGAGUGAUCUGUGUGAGAAAGCCAUCAGUAUCUGGGAGUCCAAGGAUUUCUUCAUGGAGCUGGAGCCGCUGCCGGGGGGGCUGGAGGCGGUCCGGGAGAUGGCCCAGAUGGAGAACACAGAUGUCUUUAUUUGCACCAGCCCUAUAAACCACAUCCAACACUGUCCCUAUGAGAAGUAUGCCUGGGUGGAGCAGCACUUGGGUCAGGGCUUUCUGGAGCAGGUCAUUCUGACACGAGACAAGACGGUGAUCAGCGGAGACAUCCUGAUCGACGACAAGCCCGAUAUCCUAGGUGUGGAUCCAGAACCCACGUGGGAGCACAUCCUGUUCACCGCCUGCCACAACAAGCACCUCAGCCCCCCCCAGAAGAGACUCCUCUCAUGGGCUGACGACUGGAGGGCCAUCCUGAACAGCAGGAGGCAAUGAGGAACUCCAUUACCCAGAAUCCCCAGCAGUUUACUUCCUCGUUAUAGUGACAGAUCUGGGGACGAAAUCGUCGUUGGGGCUCGAGGGAACGCUGUCACGCUGAAGUAACAAAACAAAUAAGGGUGAAAGAGCCAAAUCAACAUUAAUACACAUGUGGGAUGUUUUACACACGUUAGGAACUCCAUUACCCAGAAUCCCCAGCAGUUUACUUCCUCGUUAUAGUGACAGAUCUGGGGACAAAUCAUCGCUGAGCCUCGAGGGAACGCUGUCACGCUGAAGAAACAAAAAAUAAAUAAGGGUGAAAGCCAAAUCAACAUUCAUACACAUGUUGGAUGUUUUACACACACUGAGGAACUCCAUUACCCAGAAUCCCCGGCGAUUGACUUCCUCUUAGUGACAGAUCUGGGGAGGAAAUCAUCGCUGAGGCUCGAGGGAACGCUGUGUCACAGAAUUAACUCUGAAAAAAAUAAGGUUAAAUGAACAUUAAUACACAUGUGGGAUGUUUUACACACCUGUUGCAUCAGAGGACAUUUCAUCGUUUGACCACCAGGGGGCACUCUGACACUGUGUGUUUAGGACUUUAUACAGGAUACAGUAAGUCUAACGGGGCAGCUUGAACUCACUGUGAGCUGCGUUUUGUUCACAGCUUUUAGUCGUUUAACAUUAACGUCAAACGCUUUUUAAUUUGAUGGUGUUUAUCUGCGGUCUUCUGACAAAUGGCUUAUCAAUAGUGUGUGUUAUUAAUGAGUCAGUCACACUCCACUACACACUGACAUACACACAACAUAUUGAUGUGUGCAAUACAAAAAGAUACUGUAAAGAAAACACAUGGUGUUUUUAUUUUGUAUGUUCUCUGUUCACCAUCAUCUAUGCAUCUUGAAUGAAACAAAUGAGUAUUUGCAUGUUGCCAAAACCAUCACAAAUGUUGGAUGUAUUGAAAAAUAAAAAACGGAGUAUGUUUGAAAUAUUAAGUAUUAAAGGGAGAAAAGAUUUAGUGAAAGGUUGGGUAAGAGUGUAUUUUUAAAAAUGAUUAAAAGACGUGUUUCUGAAUAUCAGAAUGAACCAAAAUUGAA